GUAACGCAGGUGGUUUUUGGGCUGGAAAAAUUAUCAUUAUAUGAGCAGAAAUAUUCAUCUUUUUGCCAUGUAAAUCAGCCAAUGCCAUUCCAAUGGGGGAAUGUUCAUAAAUACUGGGUAUAGCAAUUAGGGGUAAAAUUAUUCCAGUUACUGCAGCUCUGAAGUCUUAACUUAGGAGAAGUUUUAAAAAUACAAUGUGCUCUUAUUUUGAAGCUCGGACCAGAAAAUGCACCGGAAGUUCAAUUCAGUUUACGGUUACCUUACAUUGUUUCAUACCCCGUUGUUUAACUCACCCUAUGUAGCCUCGCAUAGCCAGACCUUUCAGAAACGAAGUGUGGACAUAUCCAUUAUCAUUCUGGUAUAGGGGAAAAACGCUCCGGCUUGUUUGUAUUUCUUUAAAACAAACUUGGGCGGCGCUAAGCCCAGGAUGCAGCGACGGUGCCCUCGCAAAAGUGUUGUAAUGGAGUACUAGCCAGCAGCUAUUUUCUCGUCUGUGGGUUGGAUCUUGCCCGGCGUACGCUACUGCUACCCCUUGACUGCAGGGUUUUCACCUGGUCCUCUGUUAUCGCGACCAAGGGGGGACACUACCAAAACCAUGGCAUUUUCACGCUAGGUCUCUGUGUUUAACCUCGCUAGCUCACUGCAGACAAUAGGACAAGCUUGGUGUAUGAAACUUUUUCCAUGACCGGUGGGCAAACAUGCAAGAACGUCCCUGUUAGACAGCAAAUGUUGUAAACAUAUUCUUUGUAUAUCUUUACAAUCAUUGACCGAAAGAACCAAGCAGGCCUUCCGUAUUGCACGAUCCAAAUCUUCGUCAAAACUAGCCAUUUGUAGCGUCUAGGUUGCUAGAUAGGAGGUUGUUUUUGUUUCACGUAGCGACGGGGACUUUGAAAACGGUAAAACUCAUAGAGACACACACACACAUUAAUAUAUACAUAUAUAUUCGAAUUCGAUUCGAAUUGUCCCCCCCAACCAUGACUGAUCCCUCUCCCGUGUAACACGCAGUAGCAAUGGUUUACGCCCUUGGCCGCGAGAAGUUUGAGCUUGCGAAAGCACAAAUGGGAUAUGUAGUAAACAGCUGGAGGUGAUUGCUCAAGCCGAUUACACUAUGGACUUCACUUCCCAUAAUUCUUAUAGAAAUAAGAAUGGAGCUGCACUUCUGCACACCUUUGAGCAGCAGUAUGAUGCAGGCAGGAGUCUGUCUGAGACAGGACACUGAGACAACACUACCAGAGCUCACUGAGCAGCACAGGAUCAGACCGAAAGAAGAGGAACUCAGUGGACUGGAGUCUGUCCACAUGGCAGAGUCAGAGACAGAGUGUGCUGCACCGGGACUCAACACACUGGAGCCAGAGUGUGUUACAGCACACAGCGGGGUCAGUGAUGUACAUCACACACACACAGCACUGAUUAAAACAGAAACUGAUCUGGGCUCAACCCGAACUGGGGAUCUUAAGACAGUGAGCCUUGACAAUACAGAGCUGGGAUAUGUAACCCAUCUGCAUCCUGACCAAAUCAAGAAGGAGACUGAUGAUGGAGGAUACCUUCAGGCUGAACACAUCAGUGACUUGCAGGAUAUUAAAUGUGUUGAUAUUAAAUCUGAUCAAAUGAAGUGUGAAUCCAGUGAAAGUUUAGUAAGUGAUCUCAUGAAUACUGUGAUGAAUGGAUCUGGUGUUGAUCACAAAGACCAGACUCAACCAAUGCAAUAUGCAGGAGAGCCAAAUCCAAACUGUAAAAAUGAAGAAAUUCAUGAGCAUCCUACCCAAUGUGGGGGCUUAAAUCGUCACUGUGACUUAAACAAUGAAAAUACUCAGACUGAAAUUGUCCAGAAAAGUACAAAUGAUAGCAACAAAAAUUGUCUGAUGAUGAAUGUGGUAAAUGAAACCAUGAUAAUUAUUUCAAGUAAAAACCCAAGCCUUUUGAAUUUAUUUCAAAACAACACAAUUCAUGGAAACAAAGGUGAAAUUCAUACUGGAGGAAAGCCUUGCAAGUGUUCCCAGUGUGAUAAGUGUUUUAAAACCAAAUCUGAGUUAAAUAGACACCUAAGAAUUCAUACUGGUGAAAAGCCGUACAAGUGUACACAGUGUGAGAAAUGUUUUCGUUCAAAAUUUGAUUUGAAUAUACACCUCAGAAUUCAUACAGGUGAGAGGCCAUACAAGUGUACACAGUGUGAUAAGGGUUUUACAACCAAGUCUGAUUUAAAUAAACACCUAAGAAUUCAUACAGGUGAAAAGCCAUACAGGUGUACACAGUGUGGCAAGUGUUUCACCCAGAAAUCUGUGUUGAAGAGCCACAAGAUGAUUCAUUCAAGGGACAGGCCCUACAAAUGUGCUCAGUGUGGCAAGUGUUUUUCCAAAAAAACUGUGCUGAAUAGCCACAAGGUGAUUCAUCUGGAUGAAAAACCCUACAAAUGUGCUCAGUGUGGGAAGGGUUUCGCCCGACAAUGUGAUUUAAAUGGCCAUUUGAGAAUUCAUGCAGCUGACAACCCCUACAAAUGCAAACAGUGUGGGAAGUGUUUCUCCCGAGAAUAUGAUUUAAAUUGCCACAAAAUUAUGCAUACAGGUGAAAAGCCCUUCAUGUGUACUCAGUGUGAAAAGUGUUUUUCCCAACGAUGUCAUUUAAAUUGCCAUCUGAGAAGUCAUGCAAAUGAACACCUCUACAAGUGUAAACAGUGUGGGAAGUGUUUCUCCCGACAAAAUGAUUUCAAUUCCCACAACAUGAUUCACACAGCUCAAAAGCCUUACAAAUGUCCUCAGUGUGGAAAGUGUUUUAGUACAAAUUCUGAUUUUAACAUACACCUCAGGAUUCACACAGGCGAAAAGCCCUACAAAUGUUCUGAGUGUGGGAAGUAUUUUCGUACAAAAUGUGCUUUAAAUACACACCUUCGACUUCAUACAGGUGAAAAGCCCUACAAGUGUAUACAAUGUGGGAGGAGUUUUUCCACUCUAUCAAUAUUAAAUAACCACCUGAGAAUUCAUACAGGUGAAAAGCCCUACAAAUGUAUUCAAUGUGGGAAGUGUUUUUCCCAGUCUCCCCAUUUAAGUAGGCACCUGACAGUUCACAAAGUUGAAAAGCCUUUCGUAUGUACUUAAUUUUUAAAUAAAUAAUCUAUUUUAAAUAACUGUCAGAAAGUUGAAAAAGGUGAAAAGCCUGACAUUCUCAUUUUGGGAUGUAUUUUAUGAAAGCAUGUAAAAAGAUUAAGUUGUAGAACUUCGCUAAUUAAAUACCCCUGGUGAUUUAUUUAAAAACCCUGGUGAUUUAAAGUAAAUUCCCUUUGUGUUGUUUCUGAAGAAUGCCUGAAAAUUCUUAAAAAUGUAAAGCCUUUAUAUCACUCUGGAAGCUUUGUCUGUCUUGCAUCAUUUCAUUUUUUAAAUAAUGGACGGAGUGUAGCACAGUGGGUAAGGAACUGGGCUUGUAACCGAAAGGUUGCAGGUUCGAUUCCCGGGUAAGGACACUGCCGUUGUACCCUUGAGCAAGGUACUUAACUGUAAUUGCUUCAGUAUAUAUCCAGCUGUAUAAAUAGAUACAAUGUAAAAUGCUAUGUUGUGUAAGUCGCUCUGGAUAAGAGCGUCUGCUAAAUGCCUGUAAUGUAAUGUAAAUAUUGACCAAAAAUACUUUCAGAUGGAAGGAUAUAUGUAUGUUUGUUUCACAUAUCAUGUAAAAAGGCUUAAAAUGUCCCAGUAUUGUUUGAAGUAACACCAGAAAAAUCAUAAAUGUGAAUAAGCAUAA